AUGUCUUUUCUGAUGAAAUGUUCUGCUUUAGUCGUCAGAGUAUUAUUGUGCCUGCCCUUGCACCUGCUGGACGCGGUGGGCUUGCAUCAAGUCGACAAACGCGUCGUCCCGCGCUGCUUGUAUCGUCUCUCCAAGCUGUACAACAAGAAGAUGUACGAGAAGAAGAAGGAGCUGUUCGCGUGUCUUGUCCGAGUUCAAGCAGCGCCGAGAGCAGCUCACCACUUUGAGAAGUACCCGCAGAGGAACAUGCGCGAGAACCCGCACGUCACGUAUGAGAAGUUCGUGGAGGCCUCGGCGGAGGAUAUGGUGGUGUGCACGCUGGUUCUCUGCUCCGUGGACAAUGUCCCGCAAACUCUGAGGGAGGUGCGCCGGGUUUUGAGGUCUGGUGGAGCCUUCUUUUUUCUCGAGCAUGUUGCCGCAGAGCCGUCAACGUGGACAUAUUUCUUCCAGCACGUCUCGAAGCCUGUGCGCUACUUCAUCGGUGAUGGAUGUGAGGUCACCCGGGCAACAUGGACACAUCUGCAGGCUGCCGGCUUUUCUGACCUUAAACUAAGACAUAUGAAAGCGCCACUCAUCUUCUUCAACAAACCACACAUCAUGGGCAACGGUGUAAAAUAG